AAAUUAGAAAUUAUCUCUACUGACAAGAGGAAGUGAAGGCUGGAGAAGUUUAAGAGUGGGUAGAAAAGGGACAUAAGAAGGGGCCAGAGAAAUUUCAAAGUUUUUGCUGCAAAGGGGAAAAGAGAGACAUGCAUGUCACAGACCUGGGGUCAGGAAUUGGUUUACAGGGCUGGUGAUGUAGUUCAAUGGAUAAAAGCACCUUCCACCAUGCUGACCUGAUGACCUACAUGAUAAACAGAGAGAAACAAACUCUACAAGUUAUCCACAUAUACACAGAAACAAAUAAGUGGAAAAUUAUGCUGGACCUGUAAGUCCAGUGCUAGGAAGGAUGGGGCAGGUUUUGGAGUUCAAGGUCUGCCAAGGCUACAUCAUAAGAACCUUUCAAGAGAAAAGAAGAAUAGAUUUAUAGUUAUUAAAAUAUGUUUUUAAAUGAGCAUACAGAAUAAUGGGUUUCAUUGUGGCAUCUUUGUAGCCAUAUGUCAGUUUGUAGUUUUCUUACAGGAGAAAAAGUAUAACUCAUUUGUAACUUGGUGUGACUAGGCCCUUAGAGACUGGGGGAUAACUGGCAGGGGAAGCCAUGCAGGUGUGGUAGCCUUGCCUAUAAUUCUAGCUCUUAAGAACAGGAGCAUUGCUGUGAGUUUGAAGCCAUCCCUGGCUACAUAGUGAGUUCUAGGCAACCGUUAGCUACAAAGAAUCUCAAAGUAAAAGAAGGGGUGAACAUAGCUGGUGUGCUGUCCCUGUGCAGACAAGACAGAGCGGGUAGUAGCUGGCAGAGGGGUAAAGAGGCAUGUGAUAGUUCAUUUAUAGUAGCUGUAGGAAGACUCAGCCAUGUGGGUGAAGAUGCUGGUGGCAGGCAGGGUGGCAUGGCAGUGGGUGGACUCUCUCUUCUGGUUGCUUCAGUUUUGUCAGCAAGUGGGAAACCAGGUCACUGGCUAAGUGAGCGAGGAUGGGAGGAGGCUGAUGCUUUGAGGGGAGAGGACUGGAUCUUCUGUGUAGCCGAACUGGGGAGAGAAAGCCUUGGGUGCUCAGUGGGGUUAGUGGGCGGUGGUAAAGAUCUGAGGUUUGAGGCCAUGUGUGUUGAAAUGGAGACUGGUUAGCUGGGUUGUGUGGCUGUGUGCUACUGGGAGAGUGUAUAAGGGUUACACAGAGUUGGGUUUAGACAGGGCUGCAGUUCUGCAAAUUAGCAUAUUAAAGUCAGAGUGGUGCUUAGACAGGAGACUGCAUUUCUCCCUGACAGAAGAGGGCACAGAACAUGUGGAGAGAAUGUAAGGCACUAGGCACAAGGCAGGAUGGUUCACUGUUGGACAAUGACCCAUCCACCUCCACACCCUCUUGUUAAAGCUUGCAGGGUCAGGAUUUGAAGGAACUAAACAACAAACAAACAAACAAAACCAAUUUUGUUGUUGUUUGAGAUAAAAUUUCUCUGAGCUUAUUCUGUUCUGGCUCUCACUCACUCUAUAGCUGGUUGGCCUUAAUCUCAGACUCACCAGCACACCCAACUAAAACAGUUCUUUUUAUUUUGAUUUGUUUGUUUGCUUCUCCUACAGCCCAGGCUAACCUUGCACUCUCUGUGUAGAGGUGGCUGGCUUUGAUCUGCUAUCCUCCUGCCUCAGCCUCCCAAGCGCUAAGACUGCAGUCAUGGAUCACCACAUCACCACUGUUUUAUUACUAUUUUUAAUGAGAUAAGAUUUUAUGUCGUCCUGGCUGGCUUGAAGCCUACUUUGUAGACCGAGAUGAUCCUCCUGCUGGCCUGAGAACUAUGUGUCUGCCAUGCCUAGGGGUGUGCCAGGAAAGAAGUGUGGGACCAUACUGCUGACCGCCGAGGAGCUGAGCAACUGCAGGGACAUUGCCACCAUGCAGCUGUGUGCAAACAAGCUGGACAAAAAGGACUUCUUUGGGAAGUCAGACCCUUUCCUUGUGUUCUACAGGAGCAAUGAAGAUGGCACGUUCACCAUCUGCCACAAGACAGAGGUUGUGAAAAACACACUGAACCCAGUAUGGCAGCCCUUCAGCAUCCCUGUGCGGGCACUGUGCAACGGAGACUAUGACAGAACAGUGAAGAUCGACGUAUAUGACUGGGACCGAGAUGGAAGCCACGACUUCAUUGGCGAGUUCACAACCAGCUACCGGGAGCUGAGCAAGGCCCAGAAUCAGUUCACAGUGUACGAGGUACUUAACCCUCGGAAGAAAUGCAAGAAGAAGAAAUAUACCAACUCGGGGACCGUGACGCUCCUUUCCUUCUCUGUGGACUCAGAAUUCACUUUUGUGGAUUACAUCAAGGGAGGGACACAGCUGAACUUCACCGUAGCUAUUGACUUCACUGCUUCCAAUGGGAAUCCCCUGCAGCCUACGUCGCUGCACUACAUGAGUCCCUACCAGCUCAGCGCCUAUGCCAUGGCCCUCAAGGCAGUGGGAGAGAUCAUCCAGGACUACGACAGUGACAAGCUCUUCCCAGCCUAUGGUUUUGGGGCCAAGCUGCCCCCAGAGGGGCGGAUCUCCCACCAGUUCCCCCUGAACAAUAACGAUGAAGACCCCAACUGUGCAGGCAUUGAGGGUGUGCUAGAGAGUUACUUCCAGAGUCUGCGCACAGUGCAGCUCUAUGGGCCCACUUACUUUGCACCUGUCAUCAACCAGGUGGCCAGGGCUGCAGCCAAAAUCUCGGAUGGUUCCCAGUACUACGUUCUGCUCAUUAUCACUGACGGCGUCAUCUCCGACAUGACACAGACCAAAGAGGCCAUCGUCAGUGCCUCCUCACUGCCCAUGUCUAUCAUUAUUGUCGGGGUCGGACCUGCCAUGUUUGAGGCAAUGGAAGAGCUGGAUGGUGAUGAUGUACGUGUAUCCUCCAGGGGACGCUAUGCAGAGCGGGACAUCGUUCAGUUUGUCCCAUUCCGAGAUUAUGUUGACCGAUCGGGGAACCAGGUGCUGAGCAUGGCCCGACUGGCCAAGGAUGUACUAGCUGAGAUUCCUGAACAGUUGCUCUCCUAUAUGCGCACCAGGGACAUCCAGCCUCGACCUCCUCCCCCUGCGAGCCCCAACCCAACCCCAGCCCCAGAACAGCCCUGAGGACUUCACAUAGCCAAUGCUUAGCAGUCUGCUUACCUGUCUACCCACUGCUGGAAGUUAAAGGCACCUGGAGCUCUGAACCUGACCAGGAGGGCCAUCUAGGUUGAUCAGUGCUGGCUGACAAGCUUUUUGCCCCCUGACUUCAGAAAGGCUUGGCAUGAUCACCACCUACCGCCUCAUGACAACAAUAAAGCUCAUCUUACGCAG